ACUUCAAAUACAUGAUCCUUGGCUAAUCCUCCAGCCUCUUGGGAACGAAGAUAAUAACCUGUGCCGGAAUUAGCUAGACACAGACACGAAAACAACGUUGUGGAGAUUUACAUAAGACACAUUCGCUGCUGUCGCUUUUCCGAUACAGGUUCCGUCCUCUCGGGUUCGUUGAGGAUGAGGUUCCCGACCAUCAGACGCUGUCCUGGGGAAGGAGAUGGGAAGAAGGAACUCGCUCCACCAUUUAGGAACCCCUUUGUACAUGACUUGAGAUUCACCCCGCUGGAAAAGGCAAAGAUAGCGUUGAUGACGGUGACUCUGUUCCCCAUCCGGUUGUUCCUGGCAGCCUUCAUGAUGCUGCUGGCCUGGCCCUUCGCCUUCAUCGCCUCUGUGGGACGGGACGACAUGGUGGUGGAGCCCCAGUCCUUAUGGAGGAA